GGAGUGAGCCCGGAUGGCGCUCCCUGCCACCUGUAAGUCGUGGUUAUUCUUGGUUAUGACAGCCAAUCACGUUCCCCGCUGAAACCAAGAUUUGUAAGCAACGGCCAAUCAGCGUUCCCGGAUGAAACCAAGAUUCGCAAGCAACGGCCAAUCAGCGUUCCCGGCUGAAACCAAGAUUUGCAAGCAACGGCCAAUCAGCGUUCCCGGCUGAAACCAAGAUUUGCAAGCAACGGCCAAUCAGCGCUCCUGGCUGAAACCAAGAUUCGCAUGCAAUGACCAAUCAGCGCUCGUAUCGCUAUCAUGAACCUGUCUGCUAGUAACAACCAAGAAUUGACCAAUCAACGUCAAGAGCCCCCCAGAGCUUGCGGAUUACGACCGGAGAAACAUCUUCAGAUUUGCCGAGUAAUCAAAAUAAAGUAUAACGUUACAGUUUACUACAUCUUUACUACAACUUCGUACACAAUUCACAGAGCAAUAAAGUAUAACUGUAAGUUACUACAGCUUUACUACAGCUUCGUACACAAUGGAGCCUCGCUUCAGGAGACGGGCUGAUGGCAGCCUGAAUCUUUCGGACACACUGGAAGCAGCAAAGGUGAAGGAAGCCAACAAAGGAAAGCCUUACACAAGACCCCUGUCCCCGGAAGCUGUGCUGGACAAGGCCAAGAAAAGCUUAAGUCAGCACCAUGGAGAUCCAGCUAACAGAAAGCACCUGCUGGGUUUCUUUGAAAUCCAGUUUGGUAUCUUUCGUGGGCAAACAUUCAGGUGGGUUGCAGAAAAUGCACUAGGGUAUGCUGCUUACCUGGUUGCAUCUAUGAAGAGGGACCCCACAGGAGGCAGCAAAGACUCUCAAGAACAUGCCCACAACAAGGGGAGUUUCAGGGAGUAUAUCGAGCUCUUUCCUUCUGGCAAAAUUGCCAUUGCUAUGAAGGAAGAGCAAAAUGAUGCAAAAGCUUCCAAGCACGAUGCCCCUACUCAGCAAGCUGCACCCACCCAGCACGCUGCACCCACCCAGCACGCUGCACCCACCCAGCACGCUGCACCUACCCAGCAUGCUGCACCCACCCAGCACGCUGCCACCACCCAUGCUUCCACUGCCUCUCUACGCUCCCUCUUGGUUGGGAAGUUGCCUGACCAAAGAACCCUGACCAAGACCAUAAAAAGGAUGGUUUCCCCCAUCAAAACCACACCUUCUUUGGCCCAGGCACGUGCACGACCCUCUGCCACCCUCACCCAUCCAACUGUGUCCAUUGAGGGAGCCACAGGGCCCACAGCCACCCUCACCGACCCGACUGUGUCCAUUGAAGCCACCGCAGGGCCCUCAGCCACCCUAACCCACCCCUCUGUGUCCACUGAGAUAGAUGACAGCACACUGCUGGCAGAGGCAACUAUGUUUGAGGAGGCACAUGUGGCAUCAAAACGAGUCUGUCUUCCAGCUGGAUGGAUACACACCCUGCCUGAAGUAGACCAAAGGUGGAUAUCCAAGGCCCUGUUCAGGUGGGCUGCACCAGGCCGUCCUGAGCUGAUCUAUAACAGGGUGGACAAACUUUGGUGGUAUCCUCCACCAGUACCACUGAAGACCAGUAGUGCUCCUUCCUUGGAGAAUUACUUUGGCCAUCCUCUGCUGCUCUGGAUGCCACGAAAGCUGUGGCAAUUGAAGCUGACCUGUCCACAUCCAGACUGUCAGAAAGACCUUCUGACCUCAGCUGGCCUGCAUCAAAAGAUCAGGGUCGUGAUUGCUUUAAAUAGUGUGUACUUUGUGGCAUCUGAGUACCUGGCCUGCCGAAGAUGUAAGAGAAAGGUCAUCAGCUGGAGCCAUGAUAUCGUCUCCCAACUCGACAUUGGCCACAGAGUGCAGUUCCCCUGCAUUCUAACCUCAAAACUUGCAUGUGACUUUCAGGUAGUAUGUUUGAUGCGUCAACGAGGCCUGGGAAACAGCAGCAGCCAGAUCCAGCGCAAGCUGCAGGAGCGUCAUGCUGAGGUCUGGUUGCAAAAAACAGUCCAAUAUCUUACAGAUUGCAAGGGGAUUGCCAGUGCUGUCACAUCAAGCUUGAUACUGCCUGUGACAUUUGAACCGCUUCCUCCAAUGCCUUCUGUCCCUAAGCACCGGUGGCUGAUGCAGGUCUAUGCCCAGGAUGUCCUGCAACGGCUGGAUGAGAUCAAGGCCGCUAUAACAUCACAAUAUGGUCGGAUCUUAAAAAUGGAUUCCACAAAAAAAGUAGCCAGAAAACUAGCAGGACCCAGCUAUGGCACCGCUGCCUGGGCCACCAAUGUUGGAAAUGAGCAUGGACAGGUGAUCAUGUCCGUGCUCACAGCAAGUGAGGGUUUUGGUCUUGGGCCAAUGAUUGAAGGCCUCAUUAAGAGAUACAGAGUGGCUGGGGUAGCUCCUCCCGAGGUACUGUAUGUGGACCGAGACUGCUGUGGCAACACUCUUCUGAGGAGGAUGUUUGAAGAGUGGGAGCAAAUGACCAUCCGGUUGGAUAUAUGGCACUUUAUGAGGAGAUUUUCUGUGGGUUGCACCACCGACUGUCACCCGUUAUAUGCCACAUUUAUGAGUCGCCUCAGCCACUGUAUUUUCAUGUGGGACCAGGACGACCUGACGGCCCUGAAGAUGGCAAAGCGUGCAGAGCUAGAAGCUGACUGGAGACCAUCAUCUGAAGCUGAUGUACUGCGCCGUAUCAGCCGUAGCGAGCUAGCCCUACAUUGCAGGAGAACCACUCGUGGGACCAAGGAGACCCUGAUGAUGAUUGAGAGCCUCAUUCAGGCCUUUGAAGGAGAUGCUGGUCGUGACACUCUGGGAGUCCCUUUAAUAAACUCAGCCCGGAUGAGUGAGAUCAUAAAGUCCCAGCGAAAGCAUGUGGCCUGCAUCCAGGAUCCUCAAGGUGUGCAGCUCUACAUGCAGACGGGCACUUUAAUGAAGGGAGGGCAUCGUCUGCCAACUUACCGCUGUGCCAGAGGUUCUACUUCGCUGGAGUCUUUUCAUCUGCACCUCAACAGAUUCAUCCCAGGCACGCUGGCAAGUGACACCUUUUUUCAGGCGUAUCUUUUGGAUGGACUUGCAAGGUGGAAUGAGGACCGGGCUGUGGCAGCAACAACUGAUGAGCAGCAGCCACAUUCCUAUAGUCAUCUUCUCCGUCAUGCUGCCAAUAUUCUUGCAGAGGAGGUCAUGGGCAUGAAAAUCAGCCCUUAUGUUGGGCCAAGAAAGUACACUGGUGAACUUAUCGGAGUAGAGUAUCUUUACCAGCAAACUGGUAAAGUUCUGCAGGACUACAGGUUGGCCAUUGAAGAGUCUGAGACCACUGAGGUUGCUAUAGAGGUGGAGGAAGCUUAUGAUGAACUUGAGGAGUUUCAAGACAUCACUGUCCCCACCUUUGACACAGAGCGGAUACCUUCUGCUGCUUCACAAGCAUCAGUGUCUGCAGCAUCAUCUUCAACCCCUCCGGCAACCAGACCCAAGUCAUCACUGUAUGUGUCACCAGUGAGAUCUCCUGUCACCAGCUCUACGUCAUCACUGUCUGUGGUCCCUCCAAUACCAGUCAGAUCUUCUGUUUCCAGCUCACUGCACACUCAGACAGCACUAUCUCCUGGCGCACAUAGCUCCCCAGGUAACCAAGGGUCCACAGAAACUGACCUUCCAACAUCUGAAGAGAACCCUUCGCAUGAUGAUUGUGUUGGACCCGAUAAUAUUGAAGGUUAUGGAGCUGUGCAGGACUUGGCAGAGUAUUUGUUCAACCUUAGAGAACACCGUCUGGCCUUAACUGGAGAAGAGUCUGAUCAAAUCAUCAACCUAUGGCAGGCAUUGGGGGAGUUUGAUAAGAAAAAGACCACUUACUCGCCACGUCACCAAACCAACCUAAAACAGGGACGAUUCAGGGCCAGUAAGAAGAAUGUGGCACCAGGUGUGGAGAGCACCAGAAGAUGUUUCGUUGGGAAUCGUAGUCCUGCACAGAGGCCUGACUGCAACAGAGUGGUGGAGGGCAUCUUCAUAAGGCUCUGUGCUCUCUACCAAAACGCGGUGCGUGAUAAUGGAGAGAGGGUCACCCGCUUCACAAUGAUUGCACGAGUCUACAGACAUAUCCGAGAGUGCAUCCUCACCAAUGAUAGGGUGAUGAGAGAAACCACCAUCCAGCUUCCACAGAUGAACGCUAAAACAAUCUCAGACUGGGGCGGAACCAAAGUUAGGGAAGUUUUGGUUCCGCCCGGAAGGUUUCCCCACCGGGCCACAUAUGAAGACGGACCUUUUUACUUCCUGGUUUCCAGGGCAACGCUAACAGGGCUUUACGAGCCACAGAAAGGGAAGCGAUGGACACGAGAGCGAUGUACACGGGGAGCGAUUGACACGGGGGAAGCUCCUUUGCCAAAGGCAAACAAAGACACGCACCUUUUGAAGAGCCCGAAGGCUCUGUUGAUCCGGGGAUCGCUGAAGCGACUGGAAAGAGGACAGAGCCACAGGAGGCGAAAGGAAGGCAGGCGUGGAUCGUUAAGAAGGAGCACCCCGAAAGUUAGAGGUGAAGGAGAUCCGCUGCCCCGAGGUCUCUACGAAGGGGCGCCCCGGUCCGGUUUUCGAUUGCCAACGGGCGUCGAGGAAAGGGCAGCGCUCGACCCGGUGCGACGGCGUGACACUCCCGCCCCUCUGUUGGACCAACGAGCCAGCCGAGAGGGUUUGGUCCCCGGCGCUAUCUUGGAAACCACUGCCGGUCGACGCAGUACGCCUAUCAGUCAUCGUAAGUCCGCCACCCCGAGGAGUAUAGCGUUCUCCAAGCGUGACAAGUCACAGGAUGUGGGGGUUACAAAGCAGGGUAUCAAUUUCCCAGAUGCACCCAUGGCUGGACCUGAGAAGCUUCCUGCGGCUUUGCAGAAAGGGCCGAACCUAUUUCCAGGGAGCUUGGCUGAGCCUCACCUUUUUGUCCUGCCAAGAAACACUGCUGGGGAGGCAAAACUCAAGAGGAGGUCACAACCUCCAGCCAUCUCCCAGGCACCACCAUCACAUCAAAGACUCCCUAUCAUUGCACCAGCAAUACCCGUCUCUCUGCCUUUCAUUUUGCCCUCCCUGCAGCUUCCGACAGUUGUAGAUACAUCGUCUUCAGUGCCUGGAACUUCACAGGUGGUGUUCUUUAACGUACCUUUACCUUCUGCUAUGCCACCAUCAGCUCAGACACAAACAUCCAGUCAAGCUGUACCUUACUCCACUCAGCAGUACAGGAAGAGAAAACAGAUGAGGGAGGACACUGGAACUGUCACACGCAAAUAUGUGAGGAAGACAGAUGUUAUUCUUUGUAGAAAGUGCAACAAAGAGAGAAAGCCACCAUCACAUCUUCAGUACUUUGGCAACUGGUACUGCAAAGAGACUGAGACUCAGUCAUAUGCUGAAUGGAGGGCAUGUGCUGGAGGGACGUGCAACCCCGGUUCGAAUCCGGGUCACGGCAGUCCGUCCAUGGUGUGGGUGGAUCAUCCCACUGGUGCCCCUUUUGUACCUACCUGA